AUGAAGGCCUCCAUCUUCGCUCUCGCUCUUGCUGGUGUUGCUAGUGCUCACAGCACUGUUUACAGCAUCUCCGUCAACGGAAAGUCCCAGGGUCUCGGAAAUGUCCAGGGUGGAUACAUCGACUCACCUCCCAACAACGACCCAAUUAAGGAUGUUACCUCCAAGGCUAUGGAGUGCAAUGUAGCCAACAUCAAGGCUUCCAAGUCCGUUGCCGUCAACGGUGGUGACAAGAUUGCUGUCGAGUGGCACCACAACAACGCUGACGCUAGCGACGACAUCAUCGACCCAUCUCACAAGGGACCUAUUACCGUCUACAUGUCUAAGGCUGGCUCUUCUAUGUCAUGGACGAAGAUUGCUGAGGAUGGCUACGACGGCAAGUCAUGGGCUGUCGAGAAGCUCAUCAAGGGCUCAUACACCGGCAAGCCAGGACAGCAUGAGUUCACCCUGCCCAAUGUUGCACCGGGCGAGUACAUCAUCCGCCCUGAGAUCAUCGCUCUUCACGAGGGUGACCGUAUCGGUGGCGCGCAAUUCUACCAGGAGUGCAUUCACAUCAAGGUCGGUGGCUCUGGCACCACUGCUUUGCCUGCCGGUGUUGCCAUCCCUGGCUACCUCAGCGCCCAAGACCCGGGUGUUCACUUCAACCUCUACGGCUCCUACUCUAGCUACCCCAUGCCAGGACCCAAGCUCUGGAACGGUGCCGGUGCUGCUGCCCCUGCUAAGCCCGCUCCUGCUGCUCCUACCACCACCAAGGCCGCUGCUCCUGCCCCUACCAAGGUCGUCGCCCCUACUACCACCAAGGCCGCUACCCCAGCUAAGACUACCCUUGCCACUAUCGCUAAGCCUGCUCCUACUGCUGGCGGUGCUGGUGCUCAGAAGUACGGCCAGUGCGGUGGCAACGGCUUCACAGGUCCCAAGACCUGCGCUUCCGGUUGCAAGUGCGUCAAGCAGAACGACUGGUACUCUCAGUGCUUACUGCAGGGUGUGGAGGUAUCAGGCGAGGUUACCGUCGGCAUGCUAAUGACACUGAUUACUUCGUCCAACAUCGGGACCCACUUGCGAAGUCCUGGCCUUCAGGACAGGCACGAGUUGCAUAAACAGUGGGAAGAACAACUCACAGCCAUCGUCGAGGAGCUGCACGUCCACGAUAUCGUGUGGGGCGAUGUUCACCUGAUGAACGUUGUUGUUGACGAGGCAAUGAAGGCUUGGGCUAUUGAGUUUGUGGAUGGUGAGAAGCGCGAGACGAUCGAGGGUGACUGGCAGGGCAUAACAAGGCUGUUUCAGGAAUGGCUUCCAGCUACAAUGAGACGGAGGCAGUGUCAAUGA